CCGCAGUGGAUGUAAGAGACUUGCACAUGCACGAGAAGAACACAAAUCCCUUGUCGGAUUUCGUUUCCUGGGUGGGUGGGGUUUUCUCCUCGAGCAGCUCAAAGCACCAACUCCAGUACGACGAAGACGGUAACCCGGUGGUUUUCGGGCAGAACGGGGCGUUGCAGGCGGGAGAGACGCAAGUGCAGCAAAACCCGGUUACCGGUUCGUGGUCGUUCAAAAAACACGCCGAAGAGCUGUUCGGAAAGAAAAAGAAGAAAAAGAAACGACGACGCGCGAAGUUGCUGAUGCCGAGAUUAAACGCGAUCGCAGGGUCGAACAAGCAGAAGCAAAUGAUGCGGAAAACUUUGUCGGAUACAGACAUUUACAGCAAUUUGAACAACCACAAGGAGAACGAUAACUGGUCGGAAUCCAGCGAAGACGAGGAGGACUCCGACAAUUCCUCCGCCCAGUCGGUGAAGCUGAAAAAGAAGAUGAUCAAGUAUGACCCGGUCAGUUGCUACAAUCUCAAACGUUACAAUAGAAUCUGGAAGGCUGUUAUGCAAGAGGUGCAUUAUCUUCUACCAAACUCUCAUAGGAUUGCCCAUAACAAGUUCCGGAGUGCCAAACCGCACUACAAUCGGGCGAAAUUUGUAUUGCAGAAAGUGGAAUGCUGUCCGAGUCUGUCAUGCUCGUCAGGCAAGACAAGUUUGAUUUGGAUUUCUGAUUCUAUUGUAACGUUUGAGAUUCAUUGUAACGUCUGAGCAAGCCAUAUCAAGGUCCUCGUUAAGCAGCAGGACAACGCGAAGACCCACCCGCACUACAAGGUGUACAAGUGCACGUGUUACAGUUGUACGGUGUGGGCCGCGUUUGCGUCGUUUUUCCUGAUUUUCGGGGGCAUUUUGUACUUCACGUCGAUUUAUGCAUUGCAAAUAUGUCUGGGUCUGGAAGAAUGCAAGUUUGUCAUGCUUGUCUGGCAUGAGCCUUAAAUCUGUGUUGCGUGAGCAGGAAAAGGGCCCCUUGCCUGUCAGGCAAAAACGCAGUUUGCCAUGCGGAAAACGAAACACAUGGCGCAUUAUAAACUUGUCAACAUGCUUGGCUGCGCAUUGCAGUGCGCCUGCCAUUCACAGAUUUGCAUCACAAGUUUCCAGACCCAGACAUUUUUGCAUUUGAUACGAUUUUGCCGUCGUUGCGGUUCAUCUACAACGAGUACGGGACCGCGGAGCGGAUAGAGGCCCAGUUUGUCCACUUUCUCGAACAUAUACUGUGCAAAAGUACCGUACUCGUAGUAAUUGCUAUCAUGCAUGACAAAUAUCCCUUUUUAGGCAAAUCAGCAUUACAAAUUCCAUUUUUCUUCUUGAAAAAAUUUGUGAUGCAAUUUAUACUAGUACGAUACUUUUGCAAUGCAUAGAACAGUCGUCGUUUGACGUGGUGGAAGUCUUGAACCAGGCGGUGCAACAGGGACUGUACAAGGAGCCCCUGCAUUUCCAACACCUCGACUGGCUCCUGACCCCCUUGCUGCAGCAGCGACGAGCGGGGGUGAACCGGUUGGAACUCGGGUUUCUGGGUACCCGGAAACCGGUCACGGAACACGGAAUCAUUUUCCGGAAGACCGGACCCUUAGGGCACUUCAUUCUGCAAUCUGACAUGUACCCGAGCUGCGUUUCCAUCGGCGCCUUCGGCUGCGUUCCGGACAUGAAGAUUCCGCAGCGGAGCUGGUACCAGCGGUUGACAAAAAUCUCCUUCGAGAAUCUGUACCUGAUCUACCCCUUGGAUUUGUUGACGAUGAAAGUCAGCCCGGAAAACUUCGAAAUGAGCAAGCAGUCGAUUGUCAAGAUGAACGAGUGGGACUGGUUUCGGUACGUUUUGGCGAAGCAGGACAUCAACGAAACGAGUAUGGUGAGUAACAACGAAAUCAGAAUUGACGAGUGGAAGCUCGCCUACGAGGAGUGCCACGCUGCCGCGGCUAGCGGCGACUUCUGUGACGCGGGGGGCAACCCUUUGGUGGCUGUUUUCAACAAUCCGCUGAAUGCGAUAAUAGGUGCACGAGCCUCGGCCUCGGGACAAAGUGGUAGUGGAGGGUCAACAUCUGCGACAGGUGUGAGCUCCGCGACAGUCAGUGCUUCUGCUUCUUCAAACAGUACUGCAAUUAUGAUCUCAUCUGCCAGCACCAGCAGCACCUCCACUCUUACUACGACCGCUCCAGCACCUCUGCAAGUGUUGAACACGACACCAACCUCGACUACCACGAUAACCUUAACCAUUCCCUCCUUCCCCAACGUCGUCGACGGGUGCUUCACUGCUUACCAAAUCACCGACAACUACUAUUACAGUGAAAAUCUCCCCACUCCCAAAGUUGCAAUAACUUGUGAUGCGAAGUUUCCAAAUGAAAACCUUUUGCCAUGCAUGAAAGGAGUAUGAAUCUUUCUGAUGCAGAGUCUAGGCGUAUGUAGCAUCGCUUGCAUGAGGACAAGCGCCGCUCUUGCUGGGCUCGUUUGCAAUACAGAUUUUUGCUAAUCACGAUUGAAAAUUUGCAAUGCUGAUAGAUGCAAGAGGGCGAAUGUUUCGUUUGGAAAGGUUUGCAAUACUAACAAAUGCUCCCAAGUUCUGGGUGGGGGGCAUUUUUCAUUGUAAUAACUACCUCUAUUUCCAUUUCAAGCACGACCGGAGCGAGCACCUCUACGUGAUCGACCCACCAUAUGGAACGGUCAGGAUUGAAAUUGACAAAGUUGAAAAAUUUGUGAUGCAUAAAAUCGAUACCAGUUGGAACCCCAAUUCUUCUCGGCGCAUGACAAAUUUUGGCACCGUCUGAAGCCAGUUUAUCAUGCUGCUUAGGGACAGACGGCGUCUUUUGUCAUGCUACUUUGGCAGCCCGCCUAUCGCAGACCCCAAACAGGCUGACAGUUGGCCUCACUUGUCAUCCCUGCAAGAGAGGCGCUGCAUGCCUUGCAAUUUCUGCAUGAGUAACUACUUAUUUCAACUUUGUCGAUUUCAAUCCUGGCGCUUCCAUACACCGGAAUCCUGUUACCGCAGCGACAGCGGCCAGUUAUCAAAAGGAAAAAUCCCCCCACCCCAUACUCAAACUAGAAAUUUGUGAUGCAGAUUUGUGGCCACAAAUCAGCUUUGUUAUGCUAGAAGGGAAAAGAUGCGGACUGUAGUGCUUGUUGGUGUGGGAAAGCCUUGCAUCUUCAGCAUGACAGGGGGCAGCUGGAAGUGGGAAACAGCAUGACAAAUUGCCUGCAAAAGAGGCCACAGCUGCGUCUCUUGGCCUUCUAGCAUUACAAAUCGAUUUGUGUACUCAAAUGCAGCAUCACAAAUUUCGUUUUCGAUAUGGGGAGGGGGGAUUUUUCCUCUCAAUACCAGUCCAGGGGCAUCAACUGGGAGGAGCAAACUAUCGCGAGGCAGAGGGCGUACCUGCAAGGUAGUUUCUUUCACACUUGAGAUUUUUUGGCUUUAUUGCUGAAGGAAGUGGUCAUGUGCUGAUCCUGAUAGACAUAGAUAUGCGCGCAAAGUUGGAUUUGGUUUAACGAGUAACAAGCGUACUUAAGUCAAUCCCUAAGUCCUAUCAGGUCGAAAAUGGCAGCGUCGCAUCUAUUUCGAGUGGAACCAGGAUGGCCCGGAUUUCGUGUCCACGUCCGGCACGCAAAUAGAUCUCUCCGGGGAUGCGUUCAAAUUUUCGCCCGCUAUGGGUUUGACGUUCAAGCUGGAGUUUCCGGACGCUCCGUUGGACCCAAAUUUGCAAAAUCUGAACCUCGCGGAGAUGCAGGUCACCCACAUAAUUGGUCGGAUUUCCGUCGAUUUGACCGGUUGCAGUUCCUUCAUGCGGGACCCGUUUGUAGAUGAGUAUUUGGGGGCAGAAUCCAGUGCCGCCCAGGUGCGGGAGGACUUCGAAGCGUUCAUUGUGGAUAAAGGCGGAAGAAUCGUCUGCGCGCGGUCGCUAGACGACCAGGUGCGGAAAGUGGACAACAGCGGGAAAAAUACUCAGUUGCAGUUCAAGAAGAUCUGGGAAUUAGCUCACUUCAAAGACGAUUUGGGAUUGUCUCCAACCAGCUGGGCGCUGACCGUUGCGAAAUUGGACACCAUUCCAACCUUACCGCCGCUCUCCGGCGGGAUGGUGGGAGUGCGGAGCAAAGUCGACCAGUUUGAACUGCCGAACUACGCGAACGAAUAUGAAACAACCACUUCCGCCUCCAGCUCCGCGGAGCUGGACCACGAGGACGCGAAUUUAGGGCCGCUCGGCUGGGGCUCCCCCUUCGUGAUCCGGCGGAUCAGACACAGUCGCAUGGCAGGCUUCUACGUCGUGACCCGGAUGACGACCGCACCCUUUUCCUCCACUGCAAGCGGGAUCGCCGCGGUGUUCAUGACGCUGGUCAUUCUGGGGGGUUCCCCGUUUGUGCUCUGCUGUUCCAUCGUCGGGUUAUUCGCGAUCCGGGAUGUCGCUAUCUACAAAAAGGAAACGCAGAGGCAGCGCGCGUUGUUGGAAGCGAAAGCAACGUUGGAAGCGGUGGCCGCGGCGACCGGCGGUGGGGGAACGGCGGGACGGAACUUGAACCAGACGGAGGUCGACGAUGCGAAAAUGAUCGAGGCGGCAGCGUUAUGCACUGCAAAUAAUAUGUCUGGGUAAGGAAGGAUAGGAACUUGUGAUGCGUCCUGUGGAUCACACAAAUAUCUGUCUUACGUGAUUAACAAAAGACGCCGUUUUCUGACCACCAUUAGAGGGAGUUUCUCAUGCAGGACAGGCAUGAUAGAGACCUCGCAGAAUCUUUCAUGCUAUGUACUGCAUUCCCGACCUCAUGGGGCAUGGAAAUUCUGCAUGACAAUUUCGUAUCCUUCCAGACCCAGACAUACUUGCACUUGAUAAGCGUGAUGGAGAAAAUGGUGAUCAAGAUGUCCAAGCGAGCGAAAAGCGGGGGUGAGGUCGGUUGGAUGGGAUAGGUGAGGACGUAUUGAUGGAAAACAUAAAGAAUCAGGCUAGUGGGCACAAAUGCUGGCUCGUACUACGGUUUUUUUCAACACCUUUCAAGUUCAAGGUGACAUGUAGUGUUUUAGUGAACUUUCUACAUAGAACAGGAAACCGAAUAAACAGGUUUUGACUCUGAGUUUUUUACAUGAAGAUACCCUCAAGCAGUGUGGUUAAAACAACAUAAAAGUGUAGCUGUAGCGCAAAAUAGAGGCAGAAAAUGCUCGAUCAAAUAAAAAGAAAAAAAAUGAAGGAGAGUGCGGGAGAAUUCAAGUUGGUAUCUUACUCGUGGUUGUGGUCGCAAAGACCAUGCGGGAAAUAAAGACGAAUGAGGCCUAACUCAGUUUCAGAGCAGAUGACCAUGUUGCUGGAUUUCAUUGCACCACACAGGAAAUAAAGCCCAGCCGCUUUCUUGUGUACCGACUCUUAUCUUAUCCCACUGC